AACUUCCAGUGACGGGGCCCUGGUUUGGAGGGCGGUGGUCGGUGGCCUUUGGUGGGACCACUUUUUUAAAUUCUUAUUGUUUUCGUAGCGGAUUUUACGCCGUAUAUAAUAUAACAUCUCUCUCUCUCGCGACAAUGAGCAACCAAUACGUGUACGAUUUCGACGCGCCGACCUGCGGCGACUUUGGCAGCGUGGUGGACAACGACAACGCGGACGCGUGGUUUGAUAACAGACAAGAGGACCACCAGGCUUUCCACGAUGGGGCUGAUUUUCUUGUGGAGGACCUGCCGGUGAUGAGCAACGUGGACUCAGACAAGGGGGCAGAACUGCCGGAUGAAGAGAUGCUUGAUGAGGAGGAGGUUGAGGCUGAGGCAGGCGCGGGAACGGCGUCGAAUGCCGAGUCCCUCGCGAAGCGAAACGAAGACGCGGCGACAGCGAGCGCCAAGUCUGCAGACAACGUAGUCGCGAAGGAAACCCGUGCUGACAUUCCACAGAUAAGUAUUGAGAAGCUUCCGGGCACCUUUGAGCCUGCAGAAGGGUAUAGUCGUGUUGCUGCACAGUUGGCGAUGGAAGCAAUGAUCCCUGCUAAAGAUGAAUUCUCGGACCAGGGAGGUGACAUGCUUGAUGCCCCUAACCGAGUUGAAAAGAGUGACGGUGAUCGUGCAUCCGUAAGCAGCAUGGAUGUUGAGUGCGCGGCAGAUACCGUGCAGGAGGGAGCGGACAUCAUCCCCAUGCGUGUGGGAAAUUCACCAUAUGACGUUGCUUGUCCUGCUGAAGAAACGCGCGAGGAAGAAGCGAAAGUAAACCAGUGUGAAGCCGCAGAGAACCAACAGCCUGCGGAAGGCAACGGCUCUGCCAAGGAAGACCUUUGUGGUGAUGACGACGAUGAGUCGUCGGAAGAGAAGAGUGUGGUGGCGGCUCGGUCUGAAGCAGAAAACAAUCCGGAAGAAACUCGUGAGCCAGGCACAGACCUCUUCAACCUGUGUAGGUCUGUGACGAAGUGGCGCACUGGCGUUACCGCAGGCGCUCGAGUGGCUUCUGUCGUUCCUCCCGCCACCCGCCGGAGUGCUAUUGUGACAAGAUUGGAUCCGUUGGCUGGCCAGAAGAAUCGUGCCUCGGUGCGAAAGCAGUUGACCAACAUCCGUGCAGGGAGACGCACAAUUAGUGUCACGUCCACUGCCAGCAGCAGAGUCUCUUCUCCGGCCGUCAAGAGAAGCAAAAGGUCGGGAUCUUUGUCUAAAAGCUCUGCAGCUGAAGUUGCCCAGCCGAAAUUGAGGUCGACCAAGUCGGCGGAGCACCCGGAGCCUGAGAAAGUGGAAGCCAAGCAGCAGGCGCCCCAGAGACUGAAGAGAAGUUCAGCUGUUUCUACGUUCACCUUCCGCACGGAUAAACGGGCGAAGGCGAGCGAUCAAGUUGGCGAGCCGUAUCACCACGUUGACUUCGUUGCCAACCUCCGCAAAUCAUCGGCCGCUUCCCCGACGAAGAAGGCUCAGCCCAGCAGAACGGUGAUCCAGCCGUUCAAAUUGAUGACUCGUGGGAGCAAGCGCAAGUUUGAAGAGGCGCUGCAGAGUGGCAGGUUGAUCAGCCAUCCCACGAAGGGCACUGCAGCAUUCAAGAGCAUGGCGGAGCAGCUGCUGGAGUUUGAGCGGCGCACGCCGCAGAGGUUCCACCUGCGUAGCCGCAAGGAUUUGGAGAAAGGUCCUUCUCCGAUAACAGCCCGGCCAGACUCCUGCACGAUGCCCAUGACGCCGCACCUGGUGACGCGCAUGCGCCAACGGUCCCCCACGUGCAAGAGCAGCGCGCAGCUGGAACAGGAGGAGCUGGAGCGCAUCCAAGCGCACCAGUUCAAGGCACAUAAGCUGGACCCCCAUCUGCUGGAGCCGGGCUCUGUGCCCAUCGGACGCCGCUGCCGCUCGCACGAGGGCGCCCGCCUGACGGCGGAGACCGAGCAGCGCGUGCGCGAGCGUGUGGAGGAGCGUCUGCGGCACGAGGAGGAGGAGCGCCUGAAGGAGCGCGCCAUGCACCAGUUCCACGCUCGCCCACUGCCCGUCGCCAUCCUGGAGCAAGUGUCGGGAGUGCCAGAGAAGGCGACCCUACCCAUGACCAUCCCGGAGUCCCCGGCUUUUACUCUCAAGCAUCGUGUGCUCACCCGCAAGGACUUAUCGCAGCUGGAGGCACCUCGACCUGUGACCAGAGCCAACCCGAUGCCGCACUUCGGGCUGCCCUUCCAGCCCCGGCCAGAGAUGCGCACGGUGGAGCCGGAGCCCUUCUCCUUCGACGCUCGCGACCAGGAACGGGCCGAGCGGCGUGAGCGUCGCAUUCAGGAGAUCCGCCAGCUGGAGGAGCAGGUCCCCCAGUUCAAGGCGCAGCCCGUGCCCGACCUGGAACAUGUGGCCCUGCCAGAAAAGCACUUGCGACCGCUCACCCAGCACGAGCCUUUCCACCUGCGCGUCGACGAACGUGGCUCCAUCAAGACCGAGCAGUUCAACAAGAAGUUAAAGGAGGAGGAGGAGCAAAAGAAGGAGCACGCCACGUUCCGCGCCCGUCCGUGCCGCGUGACCACCACCGCGCCCUUUGUGGCGCAACGCCAUAACCGCAUCCUCGCCCCAGGUGUGGAGAACGUGGAGCUGAACACGGUGCGGCGUGCGCGCGAGCGUGCCGAGUACGACGCCCAGCUCGCAGAGCAGCGGCGGCAGAACGAGGCCGCGUGGGAGCUGCGGCUGCAGGAGCAGGCGGAGGAGGAGCGCCAGAUGAUCCUCCAGCAGCGCAAAGAAGUUGUGCACAAAGCCAACCCAGUGCGCCACUACAAGGCUGUGGUGAUACAGCAGAGCAGUCGUCCUCUCACCAAUCCACGCUCGCCAUGCUUCUCUGAUCGCUUUGACUUGUGAUGGCUGGCCCCGAGCGUCCGGUGGCGUACUGGUAAAAGCCUCCUUCCGUCUGUCGCGCGCAGUCUUACGGAACGACGGAAACGUUCAAUUCGCCGACCAUAAAAAAACAAGUUGGUUAGCGAAUGGUGCGUAAACUAAUCGUAACUCCCAUAAGCCAUUGGGUUUCAUGAAGUGCCACUCGCUUCCGUGUGCACUUGGUAACGAGAGCAGCGUAGCGCCGUUCAAGUGUUGUUUUACACGUUUUAAAGAGGCUUGUUUCUGCCCACUUGAUUUCUCGCGUUUAUAUGCCUCACUUUGUAUCGAGUAGUAAAGAUUUUAUGCUAAAACAAGUUGGGUUAACCAUCCCCCCCCAACGUAAGUUCUGUCUCCAUACAUAUACCAUAGCCGAUUUCGUGACCCAUUUUGGCAACGUUCCCCGAAACUGUCCGAUAGGGCCUGUGGUUUAUAUAUAUAUAGAUGCCUCGAUGUAAGCCAGAUGCUGCAUGGGUUAGGAAGAGCAUGCUGGCAGUUGGGAUAUCACACAACUUUUUAAACCAACUUACACGAGUUUUUAGUUGAUGGUGCGGGGCAGUAAAAGCACCUUGGGAGUGGAAUAACUCCGUGGAACGAGAUAAGGAAACGGCAGUAUUGUUUUUGGUCGGCUUCCCAUGUGGGUCAGGUUCUUAUUUUAAUGUUUUAAGGAGUUUGAAUUUAUUGUGUUUUGUUUCCGUAGGUCUAAGCACAGAAGGUCGAUCGUACUGGGAAGUAGUCGUCACAACGUGGCAGUUGCUCAAAUUUUCAAAUGGGAACUGUUGAGGCUUCUUUUAAAGCGAUCAUCUUCUUUUAAAGCGAUCAUCUUCUUGAACGUGAUGUUGUUUAGCUGCCAUUCGCUAUGUAACACGAUUUGUGUUCCUGGGUAGUAAGUGUUGUUUUCUAAUUGCUUAUGCCUCAAAAGUAUCGAAAAUGGCUAUUCCCCCACAAACUUUCCUUUUGUGACCAGGACUUAAUGUGAAGGAAUGACACAACUGCACACCACGAUUUCCCAUUGAAAGUAGGUAAAUUUCUAAAUAUCACUGUCCUGGUCACAAAAGCAAAUUUUGUGGGGAAUAAUAGCCAUUUUCUGUACUUUUGAGGCAUAAGCAAUUAGGAAAUAACACUUACUUCCCAGGGACAAAGAAUUUUUUUUGUUACACAGUGAAUUAUCGAAGUAAAGUCCACUUGUUCUAAGUGAAUACAAUUUAGGUGUGUUGGUGAAAACGAGCGUUUUACGAGUGAAUUUUAUUUGAUUUGCAGUCGGUUAACAGCAAUGUGGGGGAUUGUUUUAUUUGUCCGGGUGGAAAUGGUAUUGACAUUUGAUGUUUGUAAAUUCACUGCAAGGCUGUGUUGAAAGGUGGAACAUUUGUCACCUUUUGAUCAUCUUUAGUUCAAAUUAUCACCCGUUGCCUCUAACUCUGCUUUUGUGUACAAUAAAACUUUUUUCCAAUUACAAAAUUGUCACCUGUGUGUUGUAC